AUGAACAUUGUGGGAAAGCUCAAUUUAAUGAUACCGUGGAGUAUAUUCUUGCUUCAUUCACUGCUGUCCUCUUUGCAAGGAACUUACUGCAAGCUUUCUCUUUUGAGGAGGACUUCAAGAAACGAGUUUAAUGCAACUCGACAGAAAAGAGAUCUCUUAACAACAGAGGUAGGUUAUACCUCCGAAAGAGUGGGGAAUUCCUCCCCCUGUUCUGCUCUGGGGCUUUGCUGUUGUGACAAUGGGGCCUUUGUAAGGAGCAAGGCCGUGGUAACAGGAGGACGGCAAACACUUUCUGAGGGAAACGGACUCUUGGGACUGAUGGUGUGUCAGAGAGGUGCUCAGCAGGACAGUGCUGUCACAGCAAAUAUGCUUUACCUCUCCGGAACAACAAAAGCAAAAAGCCGCUUUGCUGAGGAGAAGGAAUGGAGAGGAAUGUUUUUGUACACAGAUGAUGAGGAACUUCUUUGGCUAAAGACAGCCUGUGAAACAGCUUUCUGGUGGAGUCCAGUUCAGGUUCGAGCUACAUCUCCUCAAUUGCACCUAAAUGGGACCUUGACAUGGAGCCCAGCAAGAGGCUUGUGUGCUCAAAAGUGCCUUAAUGGAGCAAGCUGCACAGAGGCAGGUGACUGUGAUUGUCAGUUUUUUCAAGCUCAAGGAAGCAGGUGCCAAAUUGUUCCUAACAAUGGCAAGGACCGAGAUGGGAUUUGCAAAUCAUGGGGACAGUAUCAUUUUGAAACAUUUGAUGGCAUCUACUACUACUUUCCUGGAAAUUGCUCCUAUAUUUUUGCAAAAGACUGCGGUACUCCAGAACCACAUUACACUGUUUGGGUUCAUAACAGUCCUCACUGUCAUGGUUCAGUAUAUUCUUGUCAGAGGUCAAUCAGCUUGUUUUUUUCAAACCAAGAAGAAAUAACUAUUUCAGGACAUGAAGUAAGAAAGGAAGGAAACAGAUUAAUGUUGCCACAGACAGUUGGAAAUGUUUUCUUUGAGAGAUUGGCUGACUAUAUUCUGGUGAAAACUACCUUCGGUUUUUCUCUUGCUUGGGAUGGAAACUCUGGUAUUUAUAUUAAGCUAACAGAAGAUCAUCAUGGAAAACCUUGUGGCCUCUGUGGAAAUUUUAAUGGUGAUAAAUAUGAUGACUUGAUACUGCAAAAUAGUGAAUAUACAGAAGACAUUGCUGAAUUUGCAAAUAGCUGGACUGUGCAAAUCUCAGAUGAUGCAGCUUGUGUACCUACUGCCUUAGAUUUUUCCAGUCCUUGCUCAGCUAAUGCAGAAUCCACUGAGGAUAUAUUCUUCAAGUGCCAAAUACUCCUACAAUUUCCUUUUCUCAGCUGUCAUGAGAGCAUAGAUCCAUAUUCUUAUAUUUCUAGCUGUAUGAAUGAUCUUUGCAGGGUGGAUGAUGAUGAAACAUACUGCAGAGCGGUGACAGAGUAUGCUAGAGCAUGCUCCCAUGCUGGGUCCCCUGUGCGAGACUGGAGGGAUGAUUUUCCUGCUUGUACUGAGAAGUGUGAAGACAGCUUUGUACACCGUGAUUGUAUCAGUUGUUGUCCACCAACUUGCACCUUUGAAAAAGAUUGUCUUGGUAGCAACCUAUACUGCUUAGAUGGAUGUUACUGUCCAGAUGGUCUCAUUAUGGAAAAUGGAACUUGUAUCUCCGUGUCAAAUUGUCCUUGUAUUUAUCAUGGAACUGCCUUCCCUGUAGGCACAAAAAUUGAGCAAGAAUGUAGUAAUUGUGUUUGUACUGGUGGCAUUUGGAACUGUACUGAUCAUGAUUGCCCAGCUGAGUGCUCCGUCACAGGUAACUCCCAUUUCACAACAUUUGAUGGACGUCAUUUUACCUUUCUUGGGAUUUGCCAGUACAUUUUAGUAAAAGGCACUGGAAAGAACAAAUUCACAAUCACUUUACAGAAAGCACCUUGUGGACAUAACUUUGACCAUGCCUGCAUUGAGUCUAUAACACUAGUUCUUGAAGAUGAUGUGAGCAAACAAGUAACUCUCACAAGAUACGGUCAAGUCCAAACUGGUCUUAACCAAGGUUUUAACGUUAAUGGAGCUAUUGAAAUUCAGAAUGUAUCUUCUCUGUUUGUUCAACUGAAAACUACUUUUGGUUUGAAGAUACUCUUCGCAAAAGAUGGAGAGAGAAUCUAUGUUCAAGUUGACAUCAGCUGGAAGAGAAGAACGUUGGGACUAUGUGGAACUUACAAUGGGAAUUUAAGAGAUGAUUUUCUUUCUCCAGCAGGGAUGAUAGAAGGGACCCCGCAACUUCAUGCCAAUGCAUGGAAGGUUUCUUCAGCUUGUUCUGUGCCUAUCAAUGUUCCUGUAGUUGAUCCCUGCAACGUUAAUCAGCAAAAUAUUGGAUAUGCAUCCUACUGUGAUAUCAUCAAUGAAGAAGUCUUUGCUCCAUGUCAUGCCUACAUCAGUCCAGGAUUAUACUACCAACUAUGUCGCUUUGAUGCCUGCAAAUGUGGCAGCAGAUGUAUGUGUAACUCUCUUGCACACUAUGCUUACGUCUGUGGCAAGCAUGGUAUUUCUGUGGACUUCAGAUCUCAUAUUUCUCACUGUGCUGUGAUGUGUCACAGUGGUAUGCUUUAUCAUCAGUGCUCUUCUUUUUGUAAACACUCCUGUGCUUCACUUUCUAUGGCAAAUAUCUGUGGUGAUGACUGUGCGGAAGGCUGUAACUGUCCUGAUGGGAAAUACUUCGAAGAGUCAGUCAACUUUUGUGUGUCAGUAUCUGCCUGUCGUUGUCAUUACAAGGGCAAAGUCCUACAGCCUGGAGAAAUCCUCCCCUUGCCAACAGGUUCCUGCCAGUGCUUGAACGGAACAGUGAAAUGUAUUGAAGCUACUUCAGAAAACACAGUUCACAUAUGCCCUGAAGGAAAAAUCUACUAUGACUGCAGAUCUCCUGUGCCUGGAUUACCAGCAGCAGGUGUGAAUUGUGGGAUCUCCUGUGCAAACCUUGCCAUGAACUUCUCUUGUGUCCCCUCACCACCCUGUGCCAGCGGCUGUAUUUGCCCCCCUGGGAUGGCUGAGCAUAGAGGGAAGUGUUAUAUUCCUGACAGUUGUCCAUGCACCUGGAAAGAUAGGGAAUUUCUAUCAGGAGAAGUGAUAGCUACGCCUUGUUACACCUGUGUUUGUCGGAGAGGGGUAUUCAAUUGCACUAGUUACCCCUGUCCUGCUGUAUGCACUAUUUAUGGAGAUCGACAUUAUUAUACCUUUGAUGGCCUGGAGUAUGAUUACACCAGUGACUGCCAAGCUUACCUGCUAAAGAGCACAGACAACUCAAAUAUAUCUGUAAUUGCUCAGAACAAAAAGUGCUUUGAUAAUGAUAUUGUUUGCUCGAAGAAUAUUUUCAUCGCUGUUGGAGACUCUGAGAUUUAUUUUAGUGAACUUUCUGAGAAGCAGGUUAGUUAUUUUCUUUCUUUUUUUGGGGGACAGGAAAACAAAUCCAACUAUCAGCUUUGGAUGGCUGGAUAUUAUACUGUGAUACACUUUCCAGAACAGGAUAUUACAAUUCUGUGGGAUAAGAAGACCAUGAUGCAUGUUACAGUUGGACCUCAAUGGAAGGGUAAAUUGGCAGGUUUGUGUGGAAAUUUUGACAAAUACACUUCAAACGACCUGACUACUUCAAACAACAUGGAGGUGAGGAAUGCACAGGUAUUUGGAGACAGCUGGGUGUUAGGACAGUGCAAGAGCCCAAAUGAAACACUAAAACCAUGCGAGGUACAUCAAAACAAGUUCCCUUACGCCAAAAAGGAAUGCUCUAUUUUGUACAGUGAUGUUUUCGCACCUUGUCGCAAUGUGAUUGAUGUGACUUCUUUUGUCAAGAACUGUCAUACAGAUACGUGUAACUGCAAUCUUGGUGGGGACUGUGAGUGUUUGUGUACCAGUAUUGCAGCUUAUGCCCACAAGUGCUGCCAGCAUGGAGCAGUGAUUCAUUGGCGAUCUCCUUCGCUCUGUGCUUAUGACUGUGAAUAUUAUAAUCAAGGUCUUGGUGAAGGACCAUAUAUUUUGGCAAGUUCUGGAGAAAAUGAUACAAUUAUAGGAGCUAAUAUUUCCAGUAGACGAAUAUUUCCCCUGCCUAGAAAUGCAGUGUAUGGAAAUGUAUUUUUCAGUUUCAUGAUAACUCCAGGUCUUUUCAAAGAUAAAGAUUUAUCUCUCUCCCUUGUUUCCCUUGAGUCUGCUGAAAGACCAAACUACUUUCUGUAUGUACAUGCUGAUGAAACUGUUGGAUUGGAGCAAUGGCAGGCAAGUGCCUCCUUCCAAAGACGAGCCACCUUCUUCCACCACCAAGGCCUCUGGAGUCGAGGGCUCAGUGCCUUUGAGCUACACAGUAAAAAAGGCUUUUUCAUCAUUCUCACAUCAUCUGGUAUUAAAGUGGCAAAGUACGAUGAUUCAGAAGAAUUCAAACAUAUGAGUAGCUUUAGUAUUGAAGAACUCAGUGCAUCUGUGCCUUACAGGAAGAUGUGUGAAUGGAGAUAUGAAUCUUGUGCUAAUCCUUGCUUUAAAACAUGCAGUGAUCCUGAAGGAACAGCAUGUAAAUUCCUUCCUCCGGUUGAAGGAUGCUUGCCAUAUUGUCCCAAAAACAUGAUCCUUGAUGAGGUCACACUUAAAUGUGUUUACCCAGAAGACUGCAUACCUGUGAAACCUGUGGAAUCAGCAGCCGGAACAAAACCUUCAUUGUUAAUCUCUCAUCCGGUUGCUACCACAGAGAGAUUUCCUAAGACAUCUCCUAUACAUGUAACUUCAGGGACUGAGUCAUCUGGUACUGAUGUGACAGUCAAAAUUACCAUGAAGGCAAACACAACUUUAGCAGGAACGAACAUGUCAGCACAGUCUGUUACAGACUUGUACUCACUGGAAGAUACCACCUAUUCAUCAUAUUCAUUUUCAAGAAGACAGAGUUCUUCAGUAAGUUCUUCAGCAGAAGAUGGAACAGUAUCAGUCAUAUCAGCUGGAAUCGGCACUCAAUCCACUACAUCAAUGAUAGUGAAUACAACAGUGAAUGUUACAUCCUUAAGAACACCUUAUAUUUUUGCAAAAAUACCACCUAGUUCUUCAGCCAGUGUAUUAGUUGUUUCUGACACUACUGUAGACUCUAGGAUUACUGCAAAGACCACAGAUGAUUUAGCUGAUUCAAAGUUUCAUAUGGCUUCAGCUUCAGUUCCUACUACCAUAGAAACACCUAUGUAUGAGUCAUACAAAUCUUUACUUACAUUUGCUCCACCUCAAGCUUCACAGAGCAGUAAAGAAACUCCAAAAACAACAGUCAUGAAAUUGAGUACCACAAGCCCAUUAUCAAAGACAAAAAGUACCUCAUUUGCAACUUCAGAAUUUAAAUAUGUAACCUCAUUUGAAAGAACCGUAGGUAUUUUAGAAAGCAGCCAGACUUCGUAUGUACAAAGAAAUGUAACCAAGGCAAAGUCAACCACAACUGAGAAAUCUUUCCUACCUUAUUUGACAGUUGCUGUAAGUCGGAGUUCGCCUUUUUCAAGUGUAAGGAUAACCUCAGCAAAAAAUCUCUCGGAAGUUCCGGAUGCCAAGACAUCAGAUUGGUCCAAAAUCCUAACACAGACUACCAUUAAACCUUAUUUCAAUUUAACAGAACACACAGAACUGCAGGAUAGAACUUUAAUAGAUUUAUCUCAUUCUAGUGAUGAAAUGGUUCUGUCUUCUUCUUCCCCUGUGGAAACACAAACUUCUCUGGCAAGCAGAGACACAGUGACAACUAUAGCUGACAAAACGUUGUUCAGCACAGUGAUGCAUACACUGAUGUCUUCAUCUUCUGACUGUGUGCCAAGAUACCUUGAACCUGUCGACAAAUGUAGCCAGUAUGUAUGUGUUCAUACGGGCUGGAUGUUAUACAACCUUUCAAAGAACUGCAUUAAGGAUGUGCAGAAGCCAGACUGUGGUUUUCGAGGAAUGCCAGUUCAAGUUAAUAAUGAUAGUUGUUGCCCAGAAUGGGAAUGUCCUUGUCAGUGUUCUGUUCUGUCUGAACUGAGUGUUAUUACGUUUGAUGGAAACAGCAUAGCCCUCUGUAACAUGGCUUCCUACGUUUUAGUCAAGCUACCAGGAGAAACUAUUGUUGCUCACAUUGAAAAAUGUCCUGCUAAUCAGAGUGCAAAUUCAAUAAGAAAAAUAGUUCCUCCUGCAAGCACUUCAGGGCUCUGUUUUAAGAAAUUAAAUGUAACAACACAUACAUCCGAACUACUUAUCAAUCGUUUAGAAAGAAAAGUAGUGGUGGAUUCUGUAAUCCCAUCCUUACCAUUCUCAAAAGAAGGACUGAGUAUUCAGGAUACUGGUGCAAUGUAUGUCGUUAAUACUCCAGCUGGUAUUAGCAUCAAGUGGGCUCACAUUACGGGCAUCAUAGAUAUACAGUAUGGAUUGCACUCUAACACAUCAAUAAUGACAGAAGGACUUUGUGGGGUGUGUAAUGGAGAUCCUACUGAUGAUCUGAAAAUGCAAAACAGAACCAUAAUUACAAAUAUGGAGGAAAUUGAAGUGUUCAUUAAGAGCUGGGAAAUUGAGAAAUCUCUUGAUGUAACAACUAGGAGGCCAGUAAGAAACUGUACUGAAGAUAAUUGCACAUAUUGUAUGGAACUGUUAAACAGAAGUUUCUUCAUCCAUUGUCACAAUAAAGUUUCACCACAGGAAUUUUGUGAGAAGAUGUGGAUCAACAGUACUUAUUUUUGGAAUUAUGAGUGUGAUGCACUUUCUGCAUAUGUAGCUUUAUGCAACAAGCACAAUAUCUGCAUUAAAUGGAGGACACCCAGUUACUGUCCACUGAAUUGUCCUGAGGGCAAGGAAUACCAGCCUUGUGUGAAACCCUGUGAAGCCAAGACAUGCUUGAAUAAGUGGUCGUAUGAAGAUUCUACGUGUUCUUAUUUAAGGGAAGACUGUGUGUGUAGAAGUGGCACUGUUCUACAUAGAACAGACUCGGACUUCUGUAUUCCAGAAGAAAAAUGUACAUGUACAGAUAACAGAGGACAACCCCGCUCUGCUGGGGAGAUCUGGAAUGGGUCCACGAGAGGCUGUUGCAUAUACAGCUGCUUAGAAAAUGGAAGUAUUGUUGCUGUAGAACCUGAAUGCAAUGAGGAUCCACCACUGGCUUGUGAAAGAGAAGGAGAAGUGAUUGUCCUUGUCAUGGAAGUAGGGGAUUGCUGUCCAAAAAAAGUUUGUGAAUGUAACAUGUCAUUGUGUGAUACUAUUAUUCCAACAUGCAAAAGCAGUGAAAAACUGAUUGUAGACUACAGCCCCCUGUCCUGCUGUCCACAGUACCGAUGCGAAUGUGAUCCUUCAGUUUGUUUCAAUUCUUCUCAGCUGGACUGCAGAGAAGACCAAUUUAUUGUUGAAGCAAAACUGGAAGAUCCCUGCUGUUUCUCUUAUCUCUGUGUUUGUGAAUCCUGUAUUGAGCCUGUUCCCUUGUGUAAUGAAGGGGAAAUUCUCACCGUAGACCUUCAUACCAUACGUUACUGUUGUCCUCAUUACUACUGUGUUUGUGAUGAAAGUUUUUGUCCUGAGCCUCCUAUGAAUUGCACAGAUGACAUGACACUUGUGAAGGAAAAAAUACCUGGGAAGUGUUGUCCAGAAUGGCACUGUGAAUGUAGUUGUGAAAAUGCUACUACGAUGACAUGCAAAUUGGGAGAAGUUCAAAAAGUAGAUAGUAGUAUUUCCAGUGCUUGUGGAUGCACUCACUACAUUUGUGAGAAGGAUGAUGUGUGCAUCUUCCAAGAGGUAACUGUACUGAAUCCUGGACAAUCAGUGAUUCAGUACUUGGAUGGAGACCUUUGUUACACUGUGCAGUGUUUACAAGAAAAAGAUCACAACACAGGAUACAAUGCCAUGCAUUUUACAACAGUGAACUGUUCCCAGCAAUGUGAAGCACAUCAGUUGUAUAUUCCUUCUUCCAGUCACCAUACUUGCUGUGGUACCUGUCAAAAUGUGUCCUGUUCUGUUCUUACUGAGAAUGGCACACAAAUUGUGUAUGAGGAAGGCAGCACCUGGACAUACAACUGCACAAACUACACAUGUGCAAAGACUGUGCUGGGGGCUAUGAUAGUGGGCUCUGGUGUGGUCUGUCCCCCUUUCAAUGACACUGAGUGCACAAAGAAUGGAGGAAUUGUGCAGACGUACAAUGAUGGCUGCUGCAAGACCUGCAAAAAGGAAGAAAGGAUUUGCCAGAAAAUGACAAUCAGGACAACUAUAAGGAAAAAUGACUGUAUAAGUCAAAGCCCGAUAAAUGUGGCUUCUUGUGAUGGAAAAUGCCCAUCUGCAACAAUUUUCAAUGUCAAUAUUGAUAGUCAUUUAAGAUUCUGUAAAUGUUGUCGAGAACAUGGAACGCGCAAUCUGACUGUGCCUCUACACUGCUCAGGAAACGGCACUGAGAUUAUGUAUGUCAUUCAAGAGCCUGUAGACUGUUCAUGCCAAUGGAACUGAACAUUACUGUGAACAUGAUUUUGUCUGAAGAACUGAAAUGACUUUCCUUUCAGCAGAGCGUAUUUUCUGACCUUGGAUGGAUGUAGUACUCUACAAAAAAUACGAUAUCAAUGAUGCUUUAUAAUGUAACUUUUCUGAAAUUAAGUAGAGAUUACGUUGUUUUUCAAAUUUCAUUUUUAAGU